AAACAAAUUCUUUUAGAAAGCGCUAACCUAGAGAGCUGACAAAUUGGCAACACUGUUCGCAAAUUAGACAGACAAAGUGACGUCAUUAGUGUUGCUAGAAAGUAGAAGCUGAAGCAGGUGUGUGCCAGCCCAGAAAGCAAUCGAAUUGUUUUUGUCUUGUUUGCUUUUAAAAUGUCUGAAUUAGUAGAUGUUAAAGAACAUGUCAAAGAUGUUAAAGAAGUCCGCCAUGGAUUAUUUCGUGUCUACUGGCAAUUCAGAGAAACUAAGGAUACUCCUGUUAAAAACGAAGGACUAGCUUUUCCUAGUCUUCUUAAGUUCGUUGAGUUUCAGCUAUGUGGAUCACAAUCGGGACGCAAUUUCGUGAGCUCUGUCACUCUUCUCUUUUUAAAAGAGUUUAUUUGGUUCGACGUCGGUCUCAGACAACUUCAUUCGUCCUUUGUUACACCCAUAAAUUCUGGUGAGUGGCCACCCGACAACUUCCUGGACCUACCCAAAAAGUUGGAUGAGAAUUUCCAAGAGCCAAUAAAGAUGUGGAUAGAAGGUGAUUUCCAUUAUUCCAAAGAUCUUCAAUUUCUUCAAAAACAUCGUAAACACAAGUGGAAGACCUCUCUGCAAGUUAAUGAAGUGGGCACUUUCAUCGUUAUUUAUAUUGAUUUUGGCACAAGUGAAGUAAGACAAACUCACAUGAUAUGUGGACUGGCUGAAAUGUUUCACUCUCAAACCCAUUGUGACGUAACUUUCAAGUUCAAAGGCGGUCAAUCCAUUGGUGCACACAUCAUCAUCUUAUCAGCUGCAAGUCCUGUGUUCGCUGCCAUGUUCCAGUCUGAUUUCAAGGAGUCAAGAACCCAUGAAGUGGUCAUUGAAGACAUUGAUUUUCAAGUGUUUACCCACUUCUUGAACUACCUGUAUUCAUGCCGAAUUCCCAAACUGGCUAAAGACGGACGCUGUGAGCAGAAGCAGACCAUCAACUUGCUGUGUCAAACUGCUGAUAAAUACUUGGUUGAGGAUCUCAAGAACGAGUGUGCCAAAUUGUUGAACCAGUUCGACGAUGAUGAUUCUGAUUCUGACUGUUGUGCGUACUACAACACCGGCUAAUUUGACUUUUAAUGGAUCGAGUUUCUGAAACAUUUUGAUCGGUGAAACACGCUAACUAGUCCAUGGUCACCCUUGCUGCCCGUUAAUGACUGGAACUGGAAAAGACGUUCGUUAUUUGUCCUUAAACUGAAAUUUUGUAAUGUUUUUUUUCCUUACUUGUAACCUCUUUACUCGGAAAACUGUUAAGCAAGUCCUUAAGCUUCUAUAGCAUUAACUCCUUAUCCCCGCAACUACAAUGUAAGUUACGCUGAUGUAGAUCUUCCGUUUGUAACAAAUAUCAGUAAAAGAAUUGCUUUGAAAUUA